UAAUUACUAAAAAAUGACUGAAAACCCUUUCGGACUUUUUCAACAUGAAUCUGGCAUUGAUUCACUGCAUGUGUCGCUGUGACUGACUGCAAAUAACUGAAGCGGAUUGUGGAAUGCCCCCUACUUGAAGACGUGGCGCAGUGAAGGUCGAAUCUGCCCUGUCAACAUCAUUAUGAAUUCUAUGAGUGGCUGCAUGAGUUGGGAGGCGCGAUUGUAUCUUCUAAUGUGAACAAGUGGAAUCCCACAAAUCCAUUAUAACUCUGUUACACUUGCACUAUUUGUUGACUUUGGGUCACUUCCUGCACAUUUUGGGGCAAUUCAGGGUCACUUCCUGAACAUUCUGGAUCAUUUCCUGUUGAUUUUAGGGAAUUCUAGUGUCAUUUUUUAGAUUCUGGUGAUUUUUUUUUCAGGUGACUUCCUGUUGCUAUCGGGGUUUUUUCCCCCCUUUAGAAAUUAGCGCGGCAGUUGGAAAUAAAUGAGGAUGUUUUUCCUCAAAUUUCGAUGGAACAGUACUUUUUUUGGCUUUUGUGCACCUUGAUUUCCAGAGUUUUUUGAUGUGCAAAGCAUGUGAAUUAAAAAGAAAUACUGUAUAUAGGAUGAGAUACAUUUUGAAAUGUGGAGAUUUCAACGUUUUUUUCCAUUGUAAAUUAAUUAAUGGGGCGUUUUUGUUUUUUUUGCUUUGCAAAGCAUCCCCACAUUUAGCUUAAGGGAGGGCAAACAAAUAUGACCAUUUACCGCCUAACUGAAAUCGAGUUCAAAGAGCAUGACGUCAGAACGGUCUCUUUGCUCUUUCAUCUCAACUCUGCAUAUAAGCAGUUCACGCCGCGUAUAAGAAAACUUUCAGAUGCACUACUGGAACGCGCACGACUCAGCCAAAGACAGUCGACUCAUCUGGACAAGAGUUUUUUGGACCAGCCAUGGCCAUGGAGCACCUUGCAUCUCAUCUUGUUGCAAACAUUGAAAAACUGGGAGACAUUCUUGAUGACCUGCUUGAGCAGUAUAUGGCGUUGAAACAGCAUGCACAACAGGUCAUGGAAAAGAUGCCUGAAGUCCCUGUGCCCCGGGUGCGGCAGGCCCCCAUCCCUGCGCCCCGCCUGCGAUGGGCCCCAGUCGCUGCCCCUCGGCUGUGGCAAGUCCCUGUCCCUGCACCCUGGUGGACCAAGGCUCCUGUCCCUACGCCCCAACUGCAAAAGGCUUUCCUUAUGCCGCAGCUGUCUGAGGCCGCAGUUCCUCUGCCCCGGCUGCAUCAGGCCCCAAUUCCUUUGCCCCGGCUGCAUCAGGCUCCAGUUCCUCUGCCCCGUCUGCGUCAGGAUCCAGUUCCGCUGUGCCAGGCCCCAAUUCCUCUGCCCAGGCUGCGCCAGGCCCCAGUUCCUGUGUCCUGGCUGCAGCAGGCCCCUGUAGCUGCACCACGGCUGCGUCAGGCCCCAGUUCCUCUUCCCAGGCUGCGUCAGGCCCCAGUUCCUCUGCACGGGCUGCGUCAGGCCCCGGCCCCACGGCUGUGUCAUUCCUUGGUUCCUGUGACUUGGCUGCAACAUGCCCUUGUCCCUGCUCCCCGACUGCCUAAGGCCCCUGUCGUUGCGCCCUGGCUGGGGCAAUCCCCUUUUCCUGUGCCACAGCCCGAGGUCCCCAUACCUGUGUCCCGGCUGCGACAGGCCCCCGUACCUGCGCCUCGACUGCAGCAAGCCUCUUUUACUGUGCCACAGCUACUGCAUGCCUCAGUCCCCGAACCCCAGCUGUGGCAGGCCCCCGUCCAGGCGCCCAAGCUAAUGCAGGCCCGCAUUUCCUCAUCCCAACUGCCCAGGACCCCUGUUCCUGUACCCCGGCUGCCUAGGAUGCCUAUCUCUGCACCCCCACUGUGUCAAACACAUCAAAACAGCUUUGUAUUUUCUAUUGUUUGAGAUAAAUUGGAAAUGAUUGUGUUCAAUGUGUAUAUAAUAUUGUAUUAAAUUGAUUACGAAUUGGUUACGUUUUGUUUAU